ACACACCCUACUCACGUGACAACACAGGCCUGACGCCCUAAUUGGGGGUGAAGAGAGUUGGUUACGUUACUGUUAUUUUGAACUAUUGAACAAUUAGGCUGGAGUUGGGUUUUUCCUUCUCUUCUGCUUCAUCUAAACGAGCAAUGUCAGCCUAUCCUAAAAAUUACAACCCCUUUGCAGAUGAUGAUGAUAAACCAGAUGUUGCAGGUUUUGGGAAAAGUUCUGGCUGGGAUGACUCAUCAGAGGAAAGACGCUCGGAGGCAGAAGAGCGUCAGAGACGCCUGCACCAAGAAGUGAUGCAUACAGCACAGUCGGCCCUCGACAGCUCUAACCGAUCAGUUUCUCUCAUUUAUGACUCUGAGAAGACGGGUGCUGAGACAGCAGAGGAGCUGAUGCGUCAAGGUGAGGCCCUGAAACGAACAGAAAAGAUGCUGGACAAUAUGGACCAAAGCUUGAACGUUAGCCAGAGGCACAUCAACAAUAUAAAAAGUGUGUUUGGAGGAAUUGUAAAUUAUUUUAAAAGUAAACCAGAACCUAAACCUGAACCAGCACAAUCACAACAAUACAAAGCAAAUCCAAAACUCGAAGAAGCAUUUUCCCAGAGUAAAGGUCAAGAAGAAAAAUAUCAAGCAAGUCACCCAAAUCUAAGAAAAAUUGACACGUCAGGCUUUGGUGCUGGAGACAUUGAAGCCUCUCAAGAAAGGAAUGGAUAUUCCAAAAAUAAGCAACUGUCUGAUGUUCACAAGCAACUUGACAGAAACUUGGACGACAUGUCUGCUGGUCUGUCUCGCUUGAAGAAUCUUGGCCUAGGACUGCAGAAUGAAAUAGAUGAUCAGGACCUCAUAAUUGACAGAAUAACAGGAAAAACAGAUCACUUGGAUUGCAGAAUCACAUCUACAAACCAACAACUAAAAAAGCUUUAACAAACAUUACAGUGUCAUUGGUUUGUUAAUAUAUGAAGUUAACUUUUUUUAACCUGUCAGUGGUAAUUAAAAGUGAAUGUAAAGCACUUUUAUUACUCCAUCUUGCUGAACACAAUUUACAAUCCAAAAUGGACAACUGUGCAAAUUGGUUAUAAUUUGGUAUAACUAUUCCAAGUCCUUGUGUGAUAAUUCAUACCCUUUGCCUACAUUUCAAAAAUAAUCCCAUUGUUUCUAAAAGCUUCUUGGAUAUUUGUCCAGGGUGAUGUCUAAAGGCAUAAUGAUUUGUUUCACAGUGUUGCUCAUUGAUGGCUGUUUUUUAUUGUAUAGUAUGAAUUUUAAUUGAAAUGUGAGUGGUGCCAAUAUUAUUUUUGAGAUAAUACUUUUUUUCUAAAUAUGGAAAACGUACAUAGUUAGCAUCACAAAUGUACAUGCAGCCUAGAAGAUUUAUUUUGUUGUUUUUAGUUAUACUUUGAAAAAGCUUACAAAGUUAAACAAAAGGAAUGGAGCUGUUCAUAAAAUAACCUGAUUUUGUUUGCACAUAGUCACUACAAAUUUAAGGAUGUGCAUUUAUUUAUUUUUCUUGAGUAACAUGUAUAUACUAUACUUAAGAAUUAUGAAGACAUUUGUAUUGUAAUGGGUCAUCUUACAAAAGACUCAAAGCCCAGCUAGAUGUGUACACUCUAUCCAGUAGCGUUUAUGUAAACUUUGUAUUAUGUUGCUACAUGCAAGUUGUAUUCUUUUACCACAAACUUGUUAAAUAAAGGUAUCUGAAUUAAGUUAUGCAGGAUACAUACACAGUGACAAAUAUUUAAGGCUCAGUAGAUUAAAGGUCCAUCUUGGCUAAUGGAUUAACUUUCCAACCCUAGUAAUUGUAUAAUGCAAGUGUAUUGAGGAACUGAUUGGUGUUUGUAAAAGGCAGGGCCUGCAGUACAUGCUCUUAACAUUUCUCAUUUAUUUAAACACUGCAUAGUGCAUGUUUAUCUCUUUUACUUACAGUAUUUGGUUAGGCGCUUGUCUUUCUCAGGUAAAGCUAUCUUGCAAUGUUUACCCUGCAGUCAGUCAUGAAUAAUAUUUUGAUCUGAUAGAGUACUGAAGGUCAGCUGCCCUGUUUUAUGUUCUAGUAAAAAUAUGUGGAUUUGAAAAAAAGGGGAAAGGUGGCUGUACCAGUGUAAAUUGAAGUCAUCACACAUGACACUCGAAGUUAAGGAACACAAUGUCAUUCUUGCCUGUCAAAAAGUGAAGCAAACAUGAGACUCAUUACAAUGUGGAGUCAUCUUGCCAUUGUACAAUAAACUGCUAACUUUUGACAAUUCUCGGUCCCAUCUCCUAUGUUCUUAUUUGGUAAACUAGAUCUUUUUUAUAUUUUGCCAUUUAAAAAGUGACCAAAUACUGAACCUAAAAGUGAUAUGCUUCAAAAGUUAUGGUUUAAUAAAGAAAGCUUGUUUGAAAUU